UGUUUCUCGAGUUUUAAAUACAAGUAGGUCAGUUUACCUCUCAUUAUAAUUAAUUUUUUGCGUCAACCGUUGUGUUAAUAAAGCAGUCAUUGAAAAUAUUCUGAAUUAAUUUCGAUACUUAAUCAUGGAUGAGGACAAAACUAAAAAGUUUUUGGUGAAAAAGAACGAUACAGUAGGACGUUUCGCAGUGGUUUCAGAGAAUUUGAAGGCUGGUGAUUUAAUAUUUACUGAGAAACCUUUUGCUUAUGGUCCAAAAACAGAUAGUCCACCUCUUUGCCUGGGAUGUUACAACCCAGUAGACAAGAAUCUUUGCUCGAAAUGUGGUUGGCCAGUUUGUUGCACUGAAUGCGAAAAUAUUCCAAGUCAUAAAGAUUACGAAUGUCAAGUUUUUUCGAAUGCUAGAGUGAAAUUUCAACCUGUCGACGAUCCUUCAGCAAUCUGUCUUCAGUAUGAGUGUAUAACACCACUCAGGGUACUCUUAGCUAAGGAAAAAUAUCCUGAAAGAUGGGAAAAAGAGAUAAUACCGAUGGAAGCUCAUUUGAAAGAAAGAAGGGACAAACCAAUAUGGAAGUUUAACCAAGUCAAUAUAGUCGAGUACCUAAGGGGACCUUGCAAAUGUGAUAGAUUCUCAGAAGAACUGAUUCAUACAGUGUGUGGUAUAUUGGAUGUUAAUGCCUUUGAGGCUAGAGCUCCAUCUGGAUAUCUCAUAAGGUGUCUAUACCCGAAUUUGGCAAUUUUAUCCCAUAAUUGCGUUUCUAAUAUCGUACAUGCUAUAGAGUGUCAAGGUACAGGAGAUCAGGAUGAUUUUAGUGUACAUGUAAGAGCAGCAGUGGACUUGGCGAAGGAUACAGAAAUAUUCAGCAGUUACACUUAUUCUUUAUGGCCUACUUUGAUUCGAAGAGAUUUCUUGAGAGAAAGCAAAUAUUUCGAAUGUAAAUGUGAAAGAUGUAGUGACAAGACUGAGCUAGGAACUCAUAUGAGCUCUCUGAAAUGCAACAAAUGUGACAAUGGUAUUAUCCUUUCAACAGAUCCUUUAGAUGACAAAUGCGAAUGGAAAUGCACUCAUUGCAAUUUUUCAACGAACGCUGUAGCCGUCAAAAAAGUCUUCUCCACGAUACAAGCAGAGAUCGAGACAGUUGAAAUGAUGUCAGAUUCAGAGGGCAUAGAAGCCAGAGAAACAAUAUUCCGUAAAUACCGUUCUGUGCUACACCCCAAAAACGCCUAUAUGACCAUCUUGAGGGUGGCUUUAUCUCAGCUUUACGGAAAAGCAGAAGGAUACACAAUGGAAGAUCUACCAGAUUUGAUACUGGAGAGGAAAGUUGAGCUUUGUGAACAGCUCCUGGAAGUUCUGGACGUUGUGGAGCCAGGAUAUUCGAGAAUUAGGGGAAUAACUUAUUACGAGUUGCAUUCUCCACUCUUGAUUUUGGCUAGGAAUCAGUAUGCUGCAGGCAUGAUCAACAAAGAGCAGUUGAGAAGAAGGUUGCAACAGGCUAUUGAUUGUCUUGGGGAAUCUGCGAAGAUUUUGAAAGGCGAGCCAAGUUGUACACUUGAGGGGCAGCUAUACCAGGUGGCUCGACAAGCUCAUGAGCAGUUGUCGAGCAACAUAGAUAUGCUGGUUGAGACAGCUUGAAUAUUUCUGCAUAGCAAGGAUAUUUUGUAUUUUUAUUCUUAAUUAUAUUAUGUUGAAAAA